GGGCGAAUGCACCACAGAUCUUCACCCUCCACCCAGGCUUCCGGACCGGACAGACACUGGGGAUAAAACGGACCUGGAGAGUCCCAGAAGCACUGGUCUGCACAACGCCUACUCGGACUGCCCUUGAACCCUGGUCUCCUGUUGGCACCUCAGCAACAUGAGCCUCAGAGCGGGUUCCUGCACCUUCCCUAUCCCCUGGCUGCUGCUCCUGGGGCUACUGCUCCUUCCAGCUGUGGUCGCCAGCACCAAUGCAGAACCUGAGGAAGGAGAGGGCGCUCUGCAGUGCAUGUGUGUGAACACCACCUCCCGAGUGCAUUCCAAGCACAUCAUCAGCCUGGAAGUGAUCCGAGCGGGACCCCACUGCCCCACCCCCCAGAUGAUAGCCACACUGAAGAAAGGGAAGAAAGUUUGCCUGGACCCUCACGCCCCCAGAUAUAGGAGAAUAAUCAAGAAACUUACGGAAAGUAACCUACUAGCUGACUAAAUCUGCACAUUUACUGUAUAAUGUAUUUUGCUUCCCCCCCCCCAUUUUCAAUCUGCUUGUGGAAAAAUCUGAUGUUUUAUUAUCCUUCAAAUUCUAAAUAAAGAAAAUCAAUCGCA